AUGCAGAGCCCUAAACCAGAAGGUAGGGAGCACCUACGGAGACUGUUGAACUGGGAAGAGUUUGAUGAAGUGAGAGACUCCCGCAGAAGCAUUCUGCUGGAUACCCUCUAUGAAAGCAUCAUCUUUGCCGUGGGCAAAGGUUUCCCAUGGGUGGAAGUGGCCAAGGUGGUCAAGUUCACGGAAGAGCUGCUCAAGGAAACCAAAGGCUGCUCCAUCACUGAGGCGGUGACGAUCCUAGGGAACAAACUCAGAGAUUACCAGGGGCAGUUCAAUACCACCCACCUGCUGGCCCUCUGUGACUACUUCCACAACACCUUCAUCCGCCACUACAAACUCUACCAGUAUGUCCUGGGCCAGGACCAGGAAGUCAACCUGACUGUCAACCACCUGGAAGUAUGUGCACCGCCCCAGCCCCUCCCGCUGGCCAAGGGCAUGGACAAGGACAUCUGGCAGCUUGAGCAGCAGAUGGCGGAGCUCCAUAUGGCUGAGGUGCAGAAACGCACAAAUGUACUGCUCCUGAAGGAGGCGCUGCACCUGGAGCAGGAGCACAAGCUACAGAAAACGUUCUCUGAGGUGUCUGAGCAGCCCAGCCGGGUUCUAAAGAGGGAGGAGUUAGAAAAGCUCAUUGAUGAGGUCAUUCACAUUCAGACUGAAUGCCUGAAGGAGCUGCUGCAAUAUGAGAUACAGAUAACUUUUGAUAUUUUGGACCUGAAACUUCAGAAGACUUUGAACCUCAAUGCUCCUAUCCCUUCCCCCCUCUCUAUCACUGGCCAGCCAGACCAAGAUGAAUCUCUUAAGUUCUACAAAACAAACAAAGGAAAGAAAGCAAAAGCAAAGAAGAAGUAGAGAGCUCCUGGUGUCCACUGACUAAAGACUAUGAUUGAGGAAAAGCCAUUGACAAUUAUGAAAGUAUUAUGUGAUGUGCUCAGCACCCAGUAGAUCGGAGCUUUCUAGUGAUUCAAAUAAAUAAAAUGGCAGUCAUCAUA